AUGUUGCUGAUCACGAAAGCUGUAAACGUGGGCACGUGGGCCUCGAGUGUUAUUCCUGACGCCCCUACUGGUGGUUUAUUUAAUAACGGACAUAUUCACUCUUUGGAAAGUUUUGUUAAUGAAGUUUCAUCGGACUGGUGUUGUCAUUUGGUAGAUGGCAGUACGUUAGCAAUAUUUUUACCUUUUGAUCAACGUACAUGGAAUUUAUCGAAGGGUGCAUUUGUCUCGUUGUUGGAAUUUUGUGAAGACAAUUUGCCAGUUAGGCGUAUUCUGUUAUGCUUAAACAAAAGCAGCGUCGAUGAAACGGUCGUAUCUUGUUUCAAGUAUCUGGGUUUCAAUCCUCUUCAUCCUCAUUCGUAUCCAACCUGUAUUGAUCCUCAAGGAGUGUUUGCAAUGGUUUAUAAUAUGUAG